AUGGAUUUAAAACUCGCAACAAAUAACGGAGCCUUUCCGGAGCAUAGUUUUUGGGAUUUUAAAGGCAAAGUUGACUACGUUGAUGAAUGGUUUCUAAUGAAAUCGCCGGUACCAUUACUGUUUUUGUCAAUAACGUACUUAUUAUUUGUACUUAAACUUGGCCCUAAAGUUAUGAAGUUAAGACAACCGUUGCAACUAAAGAAAGUUAUAACAGUAUACAAUUUAUUUCAAGUAGCAUAUUCUUGUUUUCUAUUUUUCAUAAUAUCUACUAGCAUUUAUUAUUACUUCUUUGCAAAAGUAACGGAGUUGAUGGACACGAUAUUCUUCGUCUUGCGCAAGAACUAUCGUCAGGUCACAUUCUUGCAUAUAUAUCACCAUUCCUUAAUGAUGUGGAGCACUUGGAUUGCAUUGAAAUAUGAACCUUCCUACAAUGUCAUGUUCCUUGGGACGAUUAACUCCUUCGUUCAUAUAGUCAUGUAUGCUUAUUAUGCGUUAUCGGCGUUCCCUCAUCUCAAUAAAUAUUUGUGGUGGAAAAAGUAUAUUACUUUGAUGCAAAUUGUGCAGUUCAUGUGCAUAAUAUUACACGCGGCAGCGAAUUACGCUAAUGCAGGGUGUCCACCUUCAUAUACAUUAUUAGCAGCAAUCCUAUUAAAUGCUUUACUAUUUGUUUACCUAUUUGUUGAAUUCUAUUUCAACGCUUAUGUUAAUAAAAAUAAACAUAAUUCGAAUAGUAAUACUAACAUAUCAGCAAACAGAUCAGUCAAUGAAAAAUCAGAUUAG